UCGAAAUCUGCUCACUUACGGCUUUAUAUUCAAAAAUGCCACGGAGAACAAGAGAAGUUUUGAGGAGUGCUUCAGAUUUUUUUGCUUCUCUUUCUGUUGACAAAUCUGAUGUAGAUUUCGUUGUGUUUCUAAGUAGAUCUCACGGCCCUUGCUCUUGGAGAUAUUUUACUUGUGUGACAUGAGCAACUUUCACUGCCAAGAAUUCUUCCUUCUUAAAGACAGCAGCAGUGCUAUUCGUUAUAGAUUUUCUCACAGAUUCUGCAGCUGCUACUUUGUUCUUAAGUACUCGGAAUCUCUUGCUGAAAUGUGUAUAAAUGGUAGUGAAAUCUGCCCAGAAUUUUUGUUGAGUAGAAAUAAUUGUGGAGCUCGGCUAAGGAUCUAAGCUGCUUCAAAGGCGGCUAGUUGGUCUGGGACAUUGCAGACAAUGAUCUUGCCAGAUCCUCCAUUCCGACUGAGUUGUACUCCCUCCUAUAGAAGUUGGUGGCAAGACUAUUUCCAUCCUCAGUUCCUCGGUGUUCUGGACAAUAUUUUUGCUUUGGCUCUUCCACCACUCAACAAAAAAUUUGAAGAAAAAGAUGUUGUAAAGGAAGGUGGUGACCUGGAAUCUACCAUGGUUGUCCAGAUCAGCAAGUGAGAUCUGCCAAGGAGAGCUCCUAGAACUCAAGUCAAGAGGAAAAUUGCCACUCUUGCAGAUUCCACGGAGGAGAAUACUCCCUUCAAGCAGCGAAGAACCGGAAGUAUUAUGAGGCCAGCAGUGAAACCAUUUGCAGCCAAGAAACUCAUCAAGUCCGCCUCUCCAUCAGAGUCCACUUCUGCCACGGAAACCCAGACUCAAUCUAAUAAAACAGAAGAU